AUUGCGUUACGUGUCUUUCUUCGUGUACGACACUUGUGCUCCACCUCGUAACUUCCUGUCAACAGGCUUCCAUUCGACCGCUGCGCGGCCUUAUCAGAGCCUGGCGCUCUCUUGUCCUACUCACUGCUCUCUGGUAUUUCCGCCAUGUUGUCUACCACGCUCCUCAUACUUUCUGCCGUCUUGCUACGAACACGGAGGACGCAUGGUCACCAAACGAUAUGGCAUCCUAGCAUGUAUGGGUUCAAUGUCACAGAGCAGACAUUCCCAUAUGACAAUCGGCCCGUGACUCCCCUCGCGAACGGCACUUUCGAACAAUGGUGGUUCCACGGACACCUCGACUAUCCCCCUAACCACGGUGACUUCUUGGAGCUCCCUGCCGGGAAGCCCGCCACCGUCGAGAUCGCCUGCAACAAGGGUCUCACAUCGUACUGGGCAUCAUCCGAGGGCCAUACCGAUGUCAGCCAGGGUGACAAUCCUUGCCCGUCGGACGACGGGAGUUUUCCUAGUGGGGCGAUGCACACUACGGGGUUUGACGACUUGACGGGCUGUGCGUUGGCGAUCGCGUACGAGAGCGACGUUACGAAGAUCCAGCCGGAGAACUUCACGGUCUUCAGCGUGAACCAUACGUGCGUGUGGACUCGGUUCACAGACUUCCAGGUCCCGGAGAGGAUGCCGCCAUGUCCUGAAGGCGGCUGUCACUGUGCUUUCUUCUGGAUACACUCGCCCAACAGCGGUAGCGAACAGAACUAUAUGAACGGCUACAGAUGCAACGUGACCGGUUCCACCUCGAAGGUUUCUCUCGCAGAGCCCAAGCUCCCUCGCCGUUGUGGCGCAGACCCUCAGUUCGGCAAGCCACACGCCGUCCCCGGCAACUGCACCUACGGUGCGAAGCAGCCUUUCUAUUGGUUCCAGUUCGAGCGCAACAACAUGUUCGAGGGGACUUACGCCCCGCCGUUCUACACCGACUUGUACAACUUCAAGGACGGGGCGCAAAACGACAUAUUUGCCGACUCGUACGCGUCGAUCCCUCCACCCAGCCCGAGCCAGACGGCCGUCCCUACCCCCCGGCAGCAGCCUUCUGCGACUACAUCGUCGUCAAGUUCGGCUCCCUCCGCAAGUCCGUCGGGCCAGGCGCCAUUUGGGACUCCUCCUGGCAGGUGUUCGACCUGUCGAUCGAAGGCGUCCCGUACGAGCGAUGUGAAGAAGCAAAGCUUGUUCGGGUUCCAAACGCGCAAACGCACAUUCAGUCUGUGGCAUCCUUUUUAGAGGCUCGUAGCCUGGCGCAGGUUACGCCCAGUUUUUGUCUUUAUGACCGUCACGACAAUCCUCGACCCGAGUCCCAUGAUCUUCUACGAAUCUGUUACGAAUCUACACACAUUUGUCAUUCUUCUGCUUCACCACAAGGAGUCAACUAUAGCCGUAGAUAUUAC